AAUGUGAAUGUGAAUUCAUUUUCACUCUUUAAGUUCAAAUAGUUCACUCUUUUUUAUGUCAAAUUUAUUGCAAACAAAUUAGUCAUUUUUAGUAAUACAUUUAUAUAUAUACUGCGCCCACAACCGGAGGCGUGUCCUCAUUUUUAUCGCCGCCCUUGUUGGCUAUAUAUGGUUUGUCUAGCGGUUCAACGUGCGGCUACAUCCACCCGGCGAAAAGUGGACACGAGACGUCGGUGUGCCCCGGAGACAAGGAUUCCAUUAAUAAGUACAGCCUUCCAACAACCAUGCCAUCUGACCUAGCCAAGAAAAAGGCAGCGAAGAAGAAGGAGGCCGCCAAAGCUCGCCAGCGCACUAAAAAAGCAGACGAAGUCAACGAAGACUCUGACCAACCAGAAACUCAGACCAAUGGCGCACACAGUAACGGUAUUGCCAGCUUGACUAAAGAGCUGGAUGAGUUUGAGCUUCGAAAGACAGAGGCGCGGGCGGUGACCGGGGUUUUAGCCUCACAUCCCAACAGCACUGAUGUCCACAUUAGCAGCUUGUCGCUCACUUUCCACGGGCAGGAGCUGCUGGCUGACACCAGCCUGGAGCUCAACUCAGGGAGACGCUACGGCCUCAUUGGACUCAAUGGCACUGGAAAAUCAAUGCUGCUGUCAGCCAUUGGCCACCGUGAGAUUCCCAUUCCAGAGCACAUUGAUAUUUACCACUUGACCCGGGAGAUGGCCCCCAGUGAAAAGACGGCCCUGCAGUGUGUCAUGGAGGUGGAUGAGGAGAGGAUCAAGCUGGAGAAGGAAGCGGAGAGACUCGCCACCGAGGACUCUGAAUGUGAGAAGCUGAUGGAGCUGUACGAGCGUCUCGAGGAGUUGGAUGCAGACAAGGCGGAAGUGAGAGCUUCUAGAAUCCUCCACGGAUUGGGUUUCAGCUCCGCGAUGCAGCGGAAGAAGCUGAAGGACUUCAGCGGAGGAUGGAGGAUGCGCGUUGCUUUGGCCAGAGCUCUGUUCAUCAAACCCUUCAUGCUUUUGCUUGACGAGCCCACGAACCACUUGGAUCUGGACGCCUGUGUGUGGUUGGAAGAAGAGCUGAAGUCGUUCAAACGAAUCCUCGUGCUCAUCUCUCACUCUCAAGACUUCCUGAACGGCGUGUGCACCAACAUCAUUCACUUACACCAGAGGAAGCUGAAGUACUACACAGGAAACUACGACCAGUAUAUAAAGACCAGAGAAGAGUUGGAGGAGAAUCAGAUGAAACGCUUCAACUGGGAACAGGACCAAAUAGCACAUAUGAAGAAUUACAUAGCCCGGUUUGGUCACGGCUCCGCAAAACUGGCACGACAAGCACAGAGCAAAGAGAAGACGCUGCAGAAGAUGGUGGCGUCAGGUCUGACUGAAAAAGUUGUGAAUGACAAGACUUUGUCAUUUUUUUUUCCUCCCUGUGGGAAGAUUCCUCCUCCUGUUAUCAUGGUUCAGAACGUCAGCUUCAAGUACAGUGACAACACACCUCACAUAUACAAAAACCUGGAGUUUGGGAUUGACUUGGAUACACGGGUCGCCCUGGUGGGGCCCAACGGAGCGGGAAAAUCGACGCUACUGAAGCUGCUGAUGGGAGAGCUCCUGCCCACCGACGGCAUGAUCCGCAAACAUUCUCACGUCAAAAUCGGCAGAUACCACCAGCAUCUGACAGAGCAGCUGGAGCUGGACCUGUCUCCACUGGAGUACAUGAUGAAGUGCUUCCCCGAGAUCAAGGAGAAAGAAGAGAUGAGGAAGAUCAUCGGCCGCUACGGACUGACUGGGAAACAGCAGGUCAGUCCCAUCAGGAACCUGUCUGAUGGUCAGAAGUGUCGGGUGUGUUUUGCCUGGCUGGCCUGGCAGAACCCACACAUGUUGUUCCUGGACGAACCCACCAAUCACUUGGACAUCGAGACGAUCGACGCCCUGGCAGAAGCGGUCAACGAGUUUGAUGGUGGCAUGAUGCUGGUUAGCCACGACUUUAGGCUAAUUCAACAGGUGGCGCAAGAAAUUUGGGUGUGUGAGAACCAAGCCAUCACCAAGUGGAAGAAGGACAUCCUGGCUUAUAAGGAACACCUGAAGACAAAGAUUGAGAAGCAGCAAACGCAUGACAUCUAAACACCCUUCACACGAACCUCUCCCUCGUCUCGCAUCUUGUGUUUGACCUGCGCCCUCAUAAAGACCCCCGAGCCACGUUUGUGUCGCAGGAAAAACAUCCCCCAAACAGAACUGAUAUAUGCAUCUUAUCAGACACUCUUCAUCCAUGUACAAAAAAAAAAAACCCCACAG